AUGGCGGCUAAAGCGAAGGCAGUCCAGGCGCUGAGCAAGUUCGCGUCUUGUGAUAUUGGAGAUGCCCUGGUGAAACUCGGAAUCAAACAUGGCGGAUACUUGUCUGGCCUAUCGAUGUACAGCCCUCACCGAAUGAGUGGACCGUCCAAGAUCUUCGGUCCUGCAUAUACCGUCCGCAUGGUACCAGCUGCCGACAAAUCCUCCCCAACCCCAGAGCGCCAUUUCGCCGAUGCAAUCCCUAAAGGCAGCGUCGUCUUCGUAUCUCAGCCCAAGGGGCUGAUCAGUGCUUGCUGGGGCGGUUUGAUGAGCACUCGUGCGCAGAAGCUGGGUGCCGCUGGAGUGGUCAUUGAUGGUCGGUUCAGAGAUAUUGAAGAGCACCGUGCAUUGAACAUGGGAUUAUUCGCCCGGGGAAUCAGCAUCUUGGGAUCGAAUAGUUUUACUCGGUCGUCCGAGUUGAACGUUCCGGUGGAGUAUGAGAAUGCCGAAGUCAAUGAGAAAGUGGCCAUCAACCCUGGUGACUAUAUCCUCGGUGAUUGUGAUGGUGUUGUCGCGAUCCCGCCUAGUGUCGUUGAAGAAUGCUUGCGCCUCUGUCAGGAGCGGUACGAGAUCGACGAGAAGACGAGAGAAUGCUUGGAAAACGGAGAUGAAAUGGGACCUACUAUUAAGAAGCUAAGAAAGUAA